AUGUCAGCACCUUCAACAUCCUUGGAGGCCAAGCUGGUCGUCCUCGGUUCUCAAAACGUGGGCAAAACUUCGCUGGUCCACCGUUUCGUCCAUCAGACCUUCCUCCCUCCCAGCACUCCCUCGACCGUUGGAGCCUCGUUCCUUACUACACGUGUGCAUGACCCUGAAACCGAUACAGACAUCCGACUUCAGAUCUGGGAUACCGCCGGCCAAGAACGCUUCCGCAGCAUCAGCAAGCUAUACUACCGCGGUGCACAUGCCGCCGUGCUUUGCUAUGAUAUCACAAGCAAGAAGAGCUUCGAAGAGAUGGGCGUAUGGCUGCGCGAGUUGCGCGACAAAACAGGCUGGGGCGAUGCUGAGGACUUGAUCCUGCACGUCGUAGGUACAAAGAGCGAUGUUGUCGCCGAAGACCCGUCGAAGCGCGAGGUCCCCUUCGAGCGCUGUAUCGGCUAUGUUGCAGAGCAGCUCUACCCAGAUCAGGUCGCUUCCUCAAAUGGUCGUCCUCCAAGUGCUCUACACAGCUCACCCCCUGCCAGCAAUGGUAACCUUGCCGCUAUGGCUUCACCUCACAGCAAUCGAAGCAGUGGCUUCUGGGGGCAAGAGCAUAUCUGGGACUGCUGCCAUGAAAUCAGCGCAAAGGAUGGCGAGGGCAUCGAAGAGAUGUUCCGUGUCAUCACACGCAAGCUCGUCGACCAACACCAGCGCAAACUUGAUCAGCAGCGCACCAUCGAGGCCACCAUGGGCCGCACUCCAUUUGCUGAUGGCGGUCAGAGCUACUUUGACCUCCCCAAUGGCGGCACUGGCAGCUUUCGUGUCGGUCACGGCGACAAAAGACGUAGCUGGCUCGGUUUUCCCAACACACCCGGCGCAGUCAGCUACACCUCAGAGGCUGGCGAGAGCGAGGACAACACCAAUGUCAGAAAGGGACGAUGCUGUUGA